AUGGCCUCUACCACCACGAAACGAGUUGUUUUAGAUGUCGCUCUUUUUCUUGCGUCUCAAGCAGCCUUGUACUAUACUAUGCGAUGGGUAUUUGAGGGCCUAUCUCCGCACAAAAAGGAAGAGGUUAAUGCGAAGCAACUUGAAGCACUGAAGCGGCUGGGUCAUAUAAACCUCAAACUUGACGAGUACGAACGCACCGUCGCAAACGAAGUCAUUCACCCCGACGAUAUCAAUGUUAGGUUUUCUGACAUUGGUGGGCUGGAACCAAUAAUAUCUUCGCUGAGGGAGUCCGUUAUUUACCCUCUUCUCUACCCGAAGCUCUUCUCGGGAUCAUCUUCGCUACUUAGUGCGCCAAAGGGCGCGCUCCUUUAUGGCCCACCUGGCUGCGGGAAGACUAUGCUCGCCAAAGCAUUGGCCAAAGAAUCGGGCGCUACCUUUAUCAACAUCGCCGCAUCCGUGUUGACCAAUAAAUGGUUCGGGGAGAGCAACAAACUCGUCGCCGGUCUCUUCAGUUUGGCCCGAAAAACUCAGCCGAGUAUCAUAUUCAUUGACGAGAUAGACUCCUUCCUAAGAGAGCGGACGAAAGGCGAUCAUGAAGUCACUGGGAUGAUGAAAGCCGAGUUCAUGACACUAUGGGACGGACUUCUAUCUGCCACGGACAGGAUCCUCGUCCUUGGCGCUACCAACAGACCUAACGACAUUGAUGCGGCGAUUCUCCGCCGAAUGCCAAAACGAUUUGCGGUCGGGCUCCCUAGCACGGUCCAACGGACAAAAAUUCUCCAGCUGAUGCUCAAAGAUACGCCAUUAGCACCCGAUUUCCCCUUACCGAUGUUGGCCCAAAUUACUGAAGGGCUGUCGGGGUCUGACCUCAAAGAGCUUUGUCGUAAUGCAGCCAUGAUGCCUGUACGCGAGUUCGUCAGAAACGCUGGAGACAACUCUUCUUUGCUCGAACAAAGUCAACUAGAGGGCUUUAAAUUACGACCACUAACACUUAAUGAUUUCCAUAUGUCUGUCGUCGCGGAAGGCUCGCAUUUUAUUCCUAUGGGUGAGGUCGAUAUGAACAAACCUCAGUUUGAGGAGAAGCAGGCUCCUGCGGUUGACGACGCUUCGAGAAUAGAAGAAUUCACGGAAGAGAAACCUCGUCCAGUGGAGGAUCUUCCAGGUGUAGAUUGA